UGUGAAGGGACUCCCGGGGAUGAAGGAUUAUCGAGCCAUCGUGCACAGUGAUGGCCGAGUACAAUAUCAGUUUCCCUCCAGUGUCCGGACGUCUUGUGCCAUCGACGUUUAUCACUUUCCGUUUGAUACCCAGGAAUGUCGUCUUGUGUUUGGGUCGUGGAUCUACACUGGGGCAGAGGUGCACAUCGUCAACAAGAGUUCGACCCUAGAUAUGUCUAGUUACGUCAACAACACGGAAUGGGACGUCACGAGAGCGGACGCCACCAGUGUCGUCACGUACUACAGUGACGUUUCCUACCCAACAAUGGAGUGUAUAUUGGGAUUGCGGAGAAAACCUUUAUUUUACGUCAUGAACCUGCUAUUUCCGUGCUUUUUGGUGUCCUUUACGGCUGGUCUUGGUUUUAUCCUGCCCCCUGAGGCUGGGGAGAAGGUCAAUCUGGAGAUCACUGUCCUUCUGUCCCUGGCUGUUUUUCAGCUGGUCAUCGUAAACAUGAUUCCCGCGUCUGGAGAAAACCCUCCUUUAUUAGCAAUUUACUUCCUUGUUUCGAUGAUCUUGGUUGGUUUGUCCUGUCUGAUGACUGUACUGGUUCUCAACAUACAUUACAAGAACAGCGGUCACGUGUCCUCAAGAGUCAGGAAAUACGUCAUCAAGCCACUGCAGACGAUAGCUUGUGUGUAUGCACAAUAUGACCACGACAAAAAUGAUAAUUUGUACAUCGAACGUUAUAAAAGAAAAGGAAACAUUUUCCAUUUUCCUCACCAAGAAGAAAGUAAGCAUCGUCAAUAUAUUGACAAUGAAAGCCAAAAACAACAGAAACCUCUCAUUGUGGGGUUUGAGGGACAAUUACUAGAAAUAUUGAGGGAGAUUAAAGAAUGUAGUGCCUCAAUCCUGGCCAACCAGGAGAGGGAACCAAACAGUGUUGACUGGUCCUCAGUUGCCGUGGCCUUAGACAGGGUUUUCUUCGUAAUAUACCUGUUGUUCAGUAUUGUUGUGUCUUUUUCCAUCAUGUUAGAGGCAGCAUUGGGAAAAUAAAUGAUGUCGACUGUGCAAUAAUCAUACUGGAAAUUUUGAGAGAGAAUUAAGAGAGAAAAUGCGCCACAAAAAGAGAGUUUUCAUUGCCUCAUAGGAUAACCAAUACCUUAAUAAUGUGAACAAUGGUGAAUGACUGGA